UCUUCCUCAAAUCCAUACCAAAUAAAUGGAAAUAAACAUUUACGCCUGAAAUUUUUUCACCCAAUCGCCUCUGUUAGGAGAGUGGCAUUGGGCAUGCAUAGCUGCGGCCUUGAGCUCGCGCCGCGGGCCAUGGCCCUUUUCCAAUCGCACGGUGUCCUCCAUGGAUGUGCCACCGAGCUCGUGUUGUUGUUGCCGGCUUUGGCCGCAUUUCCGUGCUCGCCGCUCUCUGGCCGGCACACGGAAGAGCACUUCGGGCGGAAUGGUCGCCCCAUGUAUUUCCGCCUCGACCGCUCCAUGUUUCUGAUAUGGAACUCGUGCUUCUGUACUCGGGCUGCCAUGGCCAUGGUCGUGUCCUGCAGCUCCGGGUGUGUUGCUUUCUGCAUCGUCCGCGGGCAGAGAAGCCAACUUCUCCCAUCCUUUUCACAGGCACUCUCUCGCUUUUUCCUCUCUUUUCUUGCUUUUCUCUUGAGGAAGCCGUCUCUUCUGCAGGAAUCACCUGUCAUCUGCAGGCGACCGCUUUUGCACCAGAUGGCAUCUGAGCCUAGUUGGCCUGUGGAGCAGCACCCGUGGGGCUAACCGUUGGCCAUGCCCUGAGAGAAGGCAUCAGACGCGCGCCUCGCUGGUGCCCUCCAUACCGUCGCCGCCAAUUCCCCUGGCUUUGAUCGGUUUGAGGCUCUCAACACUGGGCCUCCAACCGUGCUUCUAAUCGGCCCAUGAUCUGCUUUCUACUAGUUUCUACUACAGUCGUAGUUCCCUUGUCUCAUCUCAAAAAAAAAAAAGGUCGUAGUUCGUCUCGGACUCGCUGCGGCUUCUCCAUCCCUAUUCCCGAAACCCUCUCUGGCCGGAAGCGCGACAACCUCCCUCUCUUCUUUGGGGGCUCUCUUCGCGCAGGCGAGGCGCCGAGGACAGGGGCUAGCGGUCCCCGCGCUCCUAGUUAUUCCCCGGUUCGCCGGCCAUGGCGUCUGCAGCGGAGGCCGCCGGAGACGCCUCCACCUCCGCGGCCGAGGUGCGGGAGAAGCCCGUCGUCGUCCGGGUCAAGCGCAAGCCCUCGCAGGCCCGCCCCGACGCUUUCUGGCUGGAGAUCAAUGAGAGGCCCAUGAAGAAGGCCAUGCUCGAUUUCUCGAGCCUCUCCAUCUCCCAACCCUCCUCCAGUGCCCAAGCUUCAGAGGAACCACGGGUGAAGAAGCUUCUUGUCCAGCAUGUGGAGACAGUCCAUCAUUCUGGGGCUGUUGAAGACGUUCUUCACUCCCUUUUGCAUUCUGACCUGAGCACCAAAGAGAUAAAGAGCAAGACAAAGGAGAGGAAUGAAAGAAUGAAGCAAGACAAAAAACAAGACCAGCUACGUUCAGCAGCCAGACAGAGACAUGAGAAUCUUGGAAGAAAUGCCCGCUUUGCACAAAUAUGGAAGAGUCGGAAAGGAGACAAUAAUGAGGUUGAUGAAACACUGAGAGAAAUGUGUCAUCUGUAUGAUGCUGUCCAAGUAGAUUCUGAUGGAGAGAAGCAUCCAGCAGAACCACAGAUGACCUCUGUCGAAGAGGGUGCGAUUUUAUGCAACUUUCUUCCGCUUCUACGGGAACACUUGCCGUCGGCUGCUGAAGAAAUCGAAUCUGAUAUUGUUUCGCUAGCACAGUCAGAAGAUUCAGAUGUUUAUGACAUAUAUACUGUCAAGGAGGUGGAUGAUACAAACAUGGAGGAGGGCGCAUCUGCAGCUUCAUAUCCACUGUUACAAGUGGACGAUGAGGAUGGCGAAUGUUACGAUGAUGAUGAGUAUCCAUAUGACACGGAUGACUCAAAUGCCGAAGACAACCCACUCUAUGAUUAUCCUGAAGAACUUUCAGAGGAUGAGGAUGAUGAUAGCAGUGACGAGAAUCCAUUUGCGGAUAUAGAUGGCUCUGGUUCCGAGUACGAGAAUGAAGAGGUGGAAAAAUCCGAUGAUGAGGAGUAGCGGCGGCAGCAAAAUAAUGUUUUAGCUGGGUGUAAUCUUUGACGAUGAAAUAGGAUGAGACAACCUCUUGCGUUCAUAACUCGGAGGAAAUUCAGAGGAAACUCAUUGCUAGCCCACUGUCAUCGAAACAUUGUACUGGCGUUAUGAGGAAAGACCGUUGAUCAGGUAGACUUCUUUGUGUUUCUUGUUCGAACAGGAGUGAUCUAGUUGGGUUGGUGCUGCUGCUAGUAGCUCCCCAAGAUGGGUUGCGUUAGGCGUGUCUGCCUCUGAAUUCAGGUUAGUGUUGAAGAAGAGUGGGUUCCUGGAAUCUUAGUGAUGUCUCUUUAUCAGAUGGGCCCCGCUUCAGAUACCCGCUGCUUCUUUUUGAGUAGGCUUGCUUAGCUCUGUGCCACUUAACUUUUGAUCAGAUAAGCAGCAAGUGGAUAUUACAGUGAA